UAGCAGGGCGGAGCAGUUUGUCUGAUCAUCUGGCGCAGAUGCCAACUGGCAAGGGCCGUGUUGAGCACACUCACUCCAGAUCACAAGGCUAUUGGGCAUCAAUUCGUAAUUCCAGGAGCAUACAGACAAUUGAUACCCCCAGAGAGCGAGACUUGCGGUGGCCAUAAUGAGCUCCCUGGCCUUCCUGGUGACGGAGCUACAGUCCUUGGCCAGCGAAACAAGAAGAAAGCACCCAGAGAUUCGCGAGGCCGCUGAAAAGUCGUUAGCAAUUCUCAGGUCUUCCCCAGAGCAAGCCAUUGCAUCCCUGGCCUCAGAUGGCGCACACUCGGAUGACCUUCUUCGACCCGUUUUCAUGGGAUGCGCCACGAAGAACGCAAAAGUCGUGGCUAUAUCGCUGGGUUCACUCCAAAGACUCAUCGCUCUCAAAGCAGUGCCAAAAUCCGCUGUCCCUCUGAUCAUUAGCACCAUGAGCGAUGCUAUGAGCCAGGGGGUCGACAUCCAAUUACGAAUCCUGCAGACUCUGGUUUCGCUUAUCACGAACUUUCCCUCCGUUCAUGGAGAUCAACUUGGGGAGGCUCUCCUCCUGUGUUUCAAGCUCCAGGACUCUCGAAUAGCCGUGGUCUCCUCUACCGCGGCGGCCACACUUCGUCAGCUGGUGAUGUUUGUCUUCGAUAAAAUGGUCGAUGAGGACAGACGGAACGCUGUGCCUGCAAACGCAAUGUUGGAAGUUACACUUCCAAAUGGCAGCACUGCAUCACUGGGGCCGUACGCAACAGAUGCAUACUCUGUUUUCGAAGACCUAUGCCUACUAACGAAUGCGGAAAAGCCUCACUUCCUUCAUCUCGAUUACCUGCAUAAGACUUUUGCACUCGAACUGAUCGAAAGCGUGCUUACGAACUAUCACGACCUCUUUCGGCAGCAUUCAGAACUGUUGCUAUUGCUCCAACACCAUUUGUGCCCGCUGCUUCUCAAAUCGUUGUCAGAGAAGGCGGUAUUUCCGCUGACACUUCGUUGCUUCAGGGUCGUCUUUUUGUUGCUCAAGAAGUUCUCAUUCGAACUGAAGACUGAAGCGGAAGUAUUCUUUAUGCUUCUCAUCAAAAUCGUGUCCGAGGACUUGGAAUCAAGCACACUCGACCAUGCAGAGGUGCGCCCUCCGUGGUUGAGAGUCCUGGCGAUGGAGAUAAUACGAGGACUAUGUAGCGACGCCGAGCUCAUUCGCAACAUUUGGGAUCGCUACGACGCUCGACAAUCAGGCGCAAAAGUGUUCACCUGCCUUAUUAGCGCCCUCAAGCGGUUGGUGACCGAAAAGCCUGCUUUGUUGGGUGUUUGUGCCCAGAUGUCGGGUGUGGGUGUACAUUCCCACUCUGCAGAGGGUCCUAGUGGUUCGAGCUCAGCUUCGGGAUACGGAUUGGAUGUGGGAGGUGUGGCGGGUAUUGUAGCCACUGCAGCAAGUGCGACAGUUUCUGGAGUUGUAGGCAUGAUCGGUUCGGGAACUGGGCUCAGCGUGGAGCAGUCGGGGAUGAAACUGCAAUGCAUAGACCAACUCGACAAAGCCGACUCGCCCCCUAUCCCAGAGACUUAUAUCUACCUUCUGGCUGUUCAAUGCAUCGUCUCUCUCUGCGAGGGCUUUGCGUCGUUUACUGGGCCUUUAUAUACUUCCAUCAUGGUCCAACGACCUCGCACUGCAGGGGAGUCCGUUAUCCACGCACCUCCUGCCCUGGACAUUUCUUCGCUCCCUCCUGAUGAACCAGCUACAAUCCAUCUCGGCAUCGUUCGUGCAAUGGUCGACCAUGGUUGGCCUGCCCUACUAGCAGCUCUAUCGUUCAUCAUCUAUACCAAUCUCUCUGACGAACUCUUUAUCGACGUGCUUACCAGCUACCAGGCAAUGACAAACGUCGCGGGAAUGCUUGCACUCACCACGCCACGAGACGCAUUCUUUACAAGUCUAUCGAAGUUCGCGGUACCUUCUCGUGUGGUGUCUAGUCUAGAAUCAUACAUCGAACCACAUACCCCUCGUUCGUCGGCGUCACUCACGGAUAACUUGGGGUUGACCCGAAACCUCGUCUGCCUAAAAGUCUUGAUCUCGAGCGCCCUUUUCCUUGCUGGAAGUCUUGGGGAAAGUUGGUACAGCAUCUUGGAAGCAGUCCAGAAUGCGGAGUAUGUCCUCACGUUGAAAGGAUCUCAGCUACCUUCUUCAAGACGUAAUAGCACGAUCAUUGGUGUGGCUGCGGCAUCUCGGGUACCAUCCAGUACAGGCGUGCCAGAUAGUGUGAAGGCGUCACAACCCCCUCGCCACCCACUUCUGGUCGAUACUGACCCUGAAAGUAUCCAACUUGCCAUUCAACGCUUAUUCGAAGCAUCAAAGAACCUUGAGGACUCCUCUUUUCAGGAUUUUGUUAGAGCAUUGUGCAGGCUCAGCUCAGAGAUGGUGGGAAUGCAAUCUGACACCAACGAGUUCCCAACUGGUGAAUCUGAGGGUCCGGACGAGCUGCCAAAUCCUGGUGGUCUUUCGCCUAGAGCCGGCGUCGCGCAUCGUCGACGCGUGAGCGGCAUUCAUCUGCCUCGUACGCUGCGCUCCGGAGACUUCGGCAUUGAGAGACUCGGGGUUGUUGCCAUGCUAAACAUUCAUCGCCUCAUUUACCGCCCGCCAGAUAUUGCUUGGGACCCAAUGAGCACCCAUCUUCUUUCCAUUAUCGGUCUCGUAUCUGCACCUCCAGCCAUUCGUGUCCAAGCAGCCCGCGUUCUGGACGAAUGCCUGGUUGUCAUCCCUCGCAAUUUGUCUCCUAACCAAGAAUUGCAAGCCAAGGUUCAGCGCCGGGUGCUCGACGUACUCGCAAAGCAAAUAAUUCCUCCGCCAGCAGAUGGGAUCUACAACACGAGUACGAACCUUGAGUUAAGACGGAUGGGGCUGGAGACGCUUCAUUUGAUUCUGCAAGCAUCUGGUCAUACUCUUGUGGUCGGUUGGGAAACUAUAUUCGAAAUGCUCGGCAGCGUCUGCAAACCGGCAAUGUUGUCUCGUGCCGACUCUAUCGAUUCUAUCAGCACCGUCUCCCUCCAGGAUACCAAUCGACCGAAGCCUCUUCCACUCGGGUACAAUAACGAGCGUGGACAUACUACACUAGUCAAGAUUGCGUUCCAGUCGAUGAAGUUAGUGUGCGACUCCGUGUCAUCCCUUUCUCCAGAGCAUCUGCGCCUCUGCAUAGCUACUCUCGGCCAGUUUGGUCGCCAAGCAGAGACCAAUAUCGCAUUAACGGCGGCUGAAAGCCUGCUAUGGAGUGUUUCGGAUUCCAUACAGGCAAAACGGAAAGAUGCACAGAUAGAACCCAAGUACAGUGAAUUGUGGAUGUUCCUGCUCGUCGAGGUGCUUGGUUUGUGUACGGAUGCGCGCCCGGAGGUACGGAUGGGUGCCAUUCAGACACUGUUUCGUGCCAUGCAGUUAUAUGGUGCAACCUUGACCCUGGAUACCUGGAAUGAUUGUAUGUGGAAGAUUACCUUUCCACUUUUGGAUGCCAUUUCUACUGAGACCCGCCGUGUUCCCCUCGACUCUGCCGUGCCCUCGAUGGAAGAAACUCCUGAACAAGCAUGGGAUGAGUCGAAGAGCCUUUCACUGCAAUGGAUUGGAACCGUUAUCUCAGAGUUCCUCGUCUCGAAGGUCUUACGUCUUCAGACAUUCAUAGAUGCGUGGAAGGUCUUCGUCUCGCAUAUCAAGGAUACUGUUCUUUUGGACCGGCGGUCCCUCAGCACGCCCGCCCUUCAAUGUCUGGAGAAGGCUGUCGAUUCCCUUUUGACUGCCGAUGGUGAUCUAGGACCUCGAGUUGCGGAAGCUUGGGAAUACGUGUGGCAAGCUUGUAAUGACAUUGGAGUUGCUAUUGCGCAGGGAAGUAGGCUGUUCCUCCCACCACAAAGACAUGUAUCUGCAGUACACAGACCAUAUACCCAAGACAGCCUCGUGGCUUUCACCAAAGUUAUCCGCACCACACGGCGGGUAAGCUGGAAACAAACCCACACCGAGUGGUCUCUAGAACGUCUGACACGCCUAAUGGAAAUCUUGAAAGGCUUAGUGGCCUUAUAUGUCCGACAUACUGGCAUCACUAGAACCCCCUGCUUUUUAGGUGUCAUGACUUAUUCUGACUCUCCUGAUUAUCGUCCUGAUGUUGACGGGCUCACGCCCCUUCAGGCAUCGAUACUAGAGACCGCGGAGAGCAUCGAACUCACCGCAUCAGGUGUACCUUCUCUCGUCAUCCGGGACCUGUCGGAAUAUAUUACUCUACCUUUCCUCGCAGCUUUCCAUCCCAACCAAGUCGAUGCUUCCGUCCCUGGGACACCGGUUACUCCUGUGCCGGCGUCGGCGCGUAAACAGGUUACCUACAUUGGCCUCUCAAAAAAAGUGAUGCCAUCCCUCGUUGAGAUGUACUUGCGCUUCAGAGACCGUACGGAGAUAUACGAAGACGGCACACUCGAAGCUGUUCUUUCUGCAUACUCGAUCCCGAUGAAGCUGAAGUAUGAUUGUCCGUCCCCAUCGAAAUACGGGAAGGAUCCACCACUAUGGAAGACAGCGACCACUUGUUUCUCGCGUAUCGUGACGGAGUGUGCGGGUGAUGUCUCACGACUGGGCCAAAGUAUAUCAGAUGCACGUGUCGAAGCUAUUUGGAGGCGCAUUAUUGAAGGCUUCCGUGGAGCAAUUCUGGCAGAUUGUUCCGCAGCCGAAACACUCAGCCUAGAGGAACAAGAAGCAGAAGAGAACUUCGACCUUGCGCUUAUAAGUUCUUUGGAGGUCGACCUUGUCCCUCACCUUGGAAACCCUCGCGUUCCGGAUUAUCUUAUUAUUCAGCUUGCAAAAGUUCUACACCAGGGAAGCCAGCUCUUGAAGGACACCUCAAUGUCAUCGUCUGGACUAGAAGACGACGACAGGACUGUCGAAAGUGUCUACGCUUCACUGGAUUCGUACGAAUCCCAGAUAUCCAACAUUCAAAGCCUGGGCAGUACAGUCGUGGGUAGUGCGGUCCUCAGAGAGAGAUUCUCGUUCUGGUGCUUAGACUUGUUAUUCCUGAUUUGUUCCAAUGUCACGAGUGGCCAUGCGGAGUCGCGCAGACGCGUUGCUGCAUUGUCCCUUCCAUCACUGCUUGACCGUUGCCAGACGGCCAUGGUGAGCUACAUCGCGGACGAGGUCUUACGGGGAAAUCUACCCUUCCCAAGAGUCCGUGAAGAUGAACUCUUACAUAUCCUGCGAAAGCUUCUAAAGUUGAGACUUUGGCCUGGCACGUUUUGGGCUGCGUUCUCGGAUUCGCCAACAAAGUAUAGCUCAGCACUACCGCUCAUUGAUCCAAGCCUACCGUCUUCUGCGUUGAUUCCAGAUAUCGUCCGGCGGUCAUCUGUGGCACACCUUUUCCAUUUCUACACUGUUUUGUGCGAACUUUCGUCGAUACCGAGACAGACACCCUCCACAUGGAUUGUGUCGCCACCACCUACGCCUGCAUCUUCUAUCCGCAGUCGGGUACCGGAGGACAAGGGAUCGACACCUUGGCCUGGUCCUUCUGCUCCCCGUGCGGAUAUGACGAGUAAUGAGGUGACAGUCGUAGAUGCAAGAGGUCUAGCCAGGGAGUGCUUGAAGGUGCUAGGGAAGGAACUUGGAGCAAUUUAGUGCAGCCGUAAGCAUAUUUGGUAGACAUAGUAGUGCUUCUCGUUGCACAGGCAUGAACGUAUGCAGUAACUGUAUCACUAGAAAUCUAGACUCCCUCGAAGGGUGCGAACUGCCAUGAACCGCAAUGAUAUGGCACCGGGCAAGUAGGG